UCAUUUGUUGUCGGUCCCUCGGUUGUGUCCGUGGGUCAUUUGCAGGAUUUUGUUCGGCGGAAAAAACGCGUGUUUUUUUUUUGCUAUGUAACUGUGAAUAUUUUGUAUGUUAUUAUCGUUAAAGAAUUGCGCGGUUACGGACUUAUCUACACCGGAAGUCUGACGUUUAUCUUUCCCGGUGAUUAAACGGCUCAGGGUAAAAUAGCGCAGUGGAAAAGUACGACGUAGACAAAGAUGACUGAAAACACUGAUGAUUCUUUCCAAACACAACUUCUGAUUCUGAAGUCCAGCGUCUCACAAAAGGAGUUUGCACCAUGAAUACGUCUUUAUACACAACAUGGAAAUGCACCACAGAGUCACUGUUUGUCUGAUCGCUUUAGUGAUUGAGGUGACCACAGGACUCACCUGUCAUCGAGCUGAGUACCUGAUCGGACAGGAGUGUUGUCCCAUGUGUCCAGUCGGGACUCGAGUGAAUAAACACUGCACAGAGUUUCGCAGCACAUCGUGUCUCCCCUGUGACAGUGGGACGUACAUGGACGAGCCCACAGGGAGGACAGAGUGUCUGCGCUGUAGGAUGUGUGCUGCAGGUAAACACGACUUUAUCAGUGCUGAAACGAAACAAAGUAAAUUAAGAAAGUACUGUACUUCUGUGUGGAUGGGCAGAGAUAUAAUCAUAAGGCAGUGUUCCUCCACUUCUGACUCUGCGUGUGAACCUGAGGACGGGUUCUUCUGUGUGGGGCCGUCAGACGAGGGAAACUGUGAAGCGACUCAGAAACACUCGCUCUGUUCACCUGGAGAAUUUAUCCAACAACCAGGGAGCUCCUCUGAAAACACUGUCUGCUCUCCGUGUCCUUCUGGAACCUUCUCUAAUGGGACUCUGACGGUCUGUCGGCCGCACACACGGUGUGAGGAGAAGGACAAAGUCACAGCGAAAGAUGGAACCUCACAGUCUGAUGCUGAAUGUGCAGAAAGAAGCAAAACGCCUGUAAUCAUCAGUGUCUUUGUAGGGAUCAUGGCUGUAGUGGCUGUAGUGGCUGUAGUGGUUGCAGUGAUGUUAAAGAAGAAAAAGAGGAGACCAAAAGACAAUGUGACUGUUAUGGAGAAGCUGAACGGGGCAAGAGAAAACAAUCCAGAGAUACUUGAACAAGACAAUGCAGCGACACCUGAACUUUAACCAAAAAUACAACCAAACUGAACACAGUUUGGUUGUAUGAACAGAACUCUGAUGAACUAUCAUCAAUAGUCCAGGCAAAGCGUUUUCCAUCAGACUAAUUGUAAUAGUUGUUUUUCAUCUUAGAUCAUUUCUAUGUGGUGACCAGAACAACAUAGUAAAAGUUCUAAGAAAUUCUAAUUGAGGAAAUAUGUUGUAUCUCAAAUUGAUGAAAAUUGAAUGUGUCAGUACAGCCAGGCAACACACCAAUGGGCCUAGUUUUUUUCUUUUACUCCUAUCAAAAUGAAACUUUACACAAUGAAAGAGCCCAUGAAAUGUAACAGUUUUUGUAUUGCAAGUUUCUUUGAAAAUGAAUUUGAUUAUGCAAAUGAGCUAUACACUAAUUGAAUAUAGGCUACCCAAAAUCCUACCACAAUAAAACCUCACAAAGUGAAAGCACAAAUGAAAACAUGUCCUCAAGAAAUCUGAGGAGGGAUUUCAUGUAGUGAGACGGAGCAACAGGUAUUGGGCUGGACUGUCCACUGAUCUCUUUGAGUAGGUGCUCAUGAGAAGUGUAAAAACUCAUGGAGACUUUACAAGAGGGAAAGGAUUUACAGAGACUCAACACUUGGUGGGGGUCGUCUCAAUGCCAACAUGUGCAAACAUCAACAAUGCUCUGCAGUCCUUCACGGGGGUUUCAUAUGAGACCAGCGACCAACAUAAAGACCUGUCCAAGAACAAAGGAGGGACAGUGGUAGUGGAUCCAUCGGUGCUGUUUUUUAGCAGCUUGUAGCAGUGAGAGAUCAUUGUACAAAUGUGCCAUCACUGUUCAAGUAUGAACUCUGCAGUCAUCCGCCUGCUUUGUUCGACUCGUCCUUCCUCCCCCUACAGACAAACAAGGCCAUUCUUGCUGAUGUCCUCUGGAGCUCUAGUGAGCAGCAGCUGCAAAGGCAGCCCAGUGUACAGCAUGUCCUUGAUGGUGGUGCAUUACUCCAUCAUGUACCGUGGCCACAAGGGUCCACUUACGACAGUGUGUGUGACAUGUACGUAAGAUAUAUCACACAGAAAUAUGGUACAGCUACUGUCAUAGUCUUUGAUGGCUACAAAUAGAACCAACAAUAAAAGACUCCACUCAACCACGUCGAACAGGCAUUACUCCCGGUUUGACUGUACACUUUUCUGGUGACAUGAUCAUCCAAUCCAAGUUCCUUAAUAAUAAGGAAAAAAAAACAACAGUGCUUGGUGUGUCUGAUGUGAUAAACUUGAGUGGACUGGUGUAUCGCACAGACCAUGGAAAGAAUGAUGCAGAUGUGCUCACUGUCCAAACUGACAUUGCCUCUGCCAGAACAACAGUCUUAGGUGAUGACACAGAGUUGUUAGUGCUCUUGUUGCAUCAUGCUGAUCUGAAUGCACAGGAGCUGUUUCUGGAACCAAAAUCAUUGGGUCCCAAUGUGGACUUAACGCCUUCAUCCCAAAAGGACGGUGGCUUUUUCUUUUUUUUUUUUGAGAGAGAGUUUUAGAUGGAAGAUCUAUACUAAUAAUGACCAAUCAGCCAGCAGCACCGCCAGAAAUACUAGAUGUAGUUUGCAGUGACAUUUGCGGAGAAUGUUGUGGUACUAGCUGCACAAACUCACAGUCGCCUGAUUUAUCAGAUGAAUAUGAAGAACUAAGCAAAGAACAAACCAGAAACUGAUAUAAGGGGCACCAGAACCAAGUGCCACAGAGAGGGAAUCGAGGACCCAGGCUUGAUUUAGAAAAAAGGAAGGAAAAAACCCUCCCCGUUGCUGCUACCUUGUCGAGGUGGGGAGGCUCGUGUGUCUCUGUAACCUUGAAGACCACAGCAGGGCUUAUACCCCAGGCAGUUUUCAGGUUAGAGGCCGGUCUAAAAGCAGCAGUACCAUUACCCAUUGAAAGAAGACUAAAUGGAUGAAGACUGAGCUGAUGUAUUUGAAUUUGAAUUUAUUUGUUUGGAGGAUAAGCCCCUUGAGAUGUGUCACCAUCUCUUUUUCAAGGGGGUCCUCAUAAAUACAACAACAAAAGACAGAUACAGUUGGACAGACAGAAGGAGACAGAAACUCACAUAAGCAUCAAAACAGCAAAAUCAACACAAACACACACACACACACACACAGUCACACUCACUCACACUUGACUGUUUCACACAUAAUAAAACAAAUUUGAAAGAAAAAAUAAAAUAAAAUAAUUACAAUAAUAAUAAUAAACAGAGUUCAAAGAUAGUCACAGGAUACAACAAGAUAAACAACAAAAUUCAACAAAAUAAUCAAAAACAAUGACAUGGGUGAUGUAAAUGUUGAACCAGAGCAUUUUUAAAUAAAGGGACAGAAGUUAAAGCUCGAAUUGAUGAGGGAAGAUUGUUCCAAUCAGAAGCAGCUUUAUAUUUAAAUGAGUAUUUUCCAAUUUGUUUUUUGACUCUUGGGACGACAAAAAAUAUCUGAUCUGCAAGACGUAAACUAUAAGAGGAUCUGAAUGGAAUUAAAUACUGUUUAAAAUAUUCAGGAAAACUGAGAUUAAUACAUUUAAAAAUAAAUAAUAACCAGUGAAGUUGAUUUGUCAUAUGAAUGGUGUUCCUAUGCAAAUGAGUACAUAUUCAGUAACAGUGGAGCUCACGGGACAUAUUCAAAGUACAUUCAAAAUAAACUUGUAAUACAAAAAAAUGUACUUUCCUUGUGUAAAGUUUCAUUUUGACAGGAGUAAAGAAAAAAAAAAAUAGCCCCAUUGGUGUGUUGCCUGGGUGUGUUGACACAGAUUGCAUCUCGGAUUGAUGAGAAUUGAACAUAUUUCCUCAAUUAGGAUUUCUUAGGACUUUUAGUAUGUUGCUCUGGACACCGCAUAAAAAAACAUCUAAGAUGAAAAACAAACUAUUACAAUUAAGUCUAUUUUUGGCUCCAAAAUGAGUUACUUUGCCUGGACUUUAAACGAUCCAUGAGCUUUAUGCCCAUGCUGUGUAUAAGGCUUUUUAUAACAUGUAAGCAUUCCGGUUGAGGUGUAGAUGUGAUGUACAGAUGUGUCUCGAUGGUUAUGUUUUUGAAAGAUUGUAUAUAAACUGUCCAUCUUUGUUACUCUGGGCACAUAGCAACUCAUUGUUUCAUUUCAUUUCAUUCCUCUUGAAGAUUAUAUCAAGUAAUACAGUAUCGUGAGUGUGUCACAUGCUUAUAUCAAGUAUUGAAAUGAUAUUUGUUUGACUAUUACACAUUGAGUUGUUUAACCACUGAAGUCUUAUGUAUGUUUAAAGGCACCACUGUGUGAAACAUGUUUGCUUUUAACGUAAUCCUUUGCAGAUAAAGGUUGUGUCCUUUUAGGAGCAGCAGCAGUGGAGAUGGUUCAACCUGGUGCGAAACUAAACAAACUGGUGAUUCACAUUGGGCUGAUGUCAACUCCCUAAACCUAAAGGAACUCAGAGAAACUCCAGGGAAGAGUCAAGGUGUUACCUGUUCAACAUAUUAUUUGCAUAUUCAUAUUCAAGUCUAUAAAACCUGGGUUAAGUUAGUUCAGGGGCAGUCAGAUUGGCUGAUAUUAAGACCUCUGUCGCCAUGGGCAGUUAGGGACAACGAUCUGACCACAGCUCUGGAUUAGAAUUGUAUUGUUUAGGGAAAUUCUUUUUGAUUUUAAUCAAUCGAUUCCAGUGGUUAUUUUUAAGAGAACACGCUGAAUGAUUUUUUGAGGAAAACUAACAGUUUUUUGGUGACCUCCGACGUGAUUUAAGUUGAUGUUGUGAUUUAAAGGUAUGUUGUGAUUUUUAAGUUAAUAUUGUAAAGUUGGGUUAGAGUCCCAUAAAAUGAUUGCGCAGACAGAGUAGGACUCCGCACCCUCCACUUGACGGGAUUUCUCUCCAAGAGCGGCCGCCACUUUUAAAAGGUAAGCAGAAAACCUGUUGUUCUACGGAACCGAAUUUCUGCUAUUGGAUAUAUUAAAUUGAGGAGAGAAGUACUGCCCAGUGAAGGUAUUGAUUUAUUUUUUGUGUGAAUUAAUUUUGCUUUGUGUAAUUAAGUUGAUGCAAACCCAGUUUUUGCGGUGUUUUUUGAGCACUGCUGUUUCAGUGCUGUGUGAUGCUUUUAAACCUUUUGCCUUCUGUAGCGCUGGUUUCUGCUUUUUGUUUCCUUAACAUUGCAGGUUUGUGUUGUCCAGUACUAUUACUCAUAUCUGCUGCCUGGCAACACUGUUGGUAUCUUUAAUUUCCUCUCCACUGUUGGAAUCCUUUUGUAUUAUUGCAAUAUGAUAAUAAUCAUUUUACCAAACAUGAUAUGCACCUGAAAAUAGUUUAAUGUAUUUUAAUGUCAAAUCUAUGAAGAAUACAGAAGCUCAUGUUUUUUUUCUUCCCUUUCCUUUCUAGGCAUUUUAUUUAAUUUUUUUUCUGUUAUGUGGAUUACACUCUGUUCCAAUGUAAAAAAAAAAUGUAUAAAUAAGAAAAUAAAAUUAUAAUAAUACAUAAA